AAACAUCACAAUGAUUUUAAAGAUGUAACUUUGGCUACACUUGACUAGAGAGAGUUCUAAUAAUAGUCAAGGCAGGCAAAAAACGGAAGAGACUGGAAGAUCCCUUCUCCGCUAGGUUUCUUGUAAGAUUGGAGUUGCUAGCUAGGAUAUAGCGAGCUUUCGAGUUUAACAAGUCAAACUAAUGCCCAAGAAAAUUAAGCCCUUUAUAGUAUAAGAAAAGUGACUGGGAUCAAGGAGGAAAGAAGGGAGGACGAGGAUGAAGGCUGUGAGGAAUCCUACCAGGCAUGAACCAAGGAGAAGUGGCAAUGCAAUCAUCAUAGCCGCUAUGCUUAUUUCUCUCUGCAUCCUCUCUCUCGUCAAGUCUCGCUAUUGCUCUGCUCCAUAUGCAAAGCCACAGAGAUUAGCUGAAGCAGAAGCUCAUGAGGCUUCAGGAGCAGCCAUGGAGAAGAGUGAGGAAGCUGCUCUAACUGUGGAUGAAGAACCAAUCAGUGCAGCACCUAAAGAAGUUGCUGCAGAAAGAGCCGCUUCGAUGUCGAACAAGCCAAUAUGCUCCGAAACAAGCAAGAGAUCUGAUGUCUGCGAAGUAGAAGGCGAUGCGAGAUUGCAGGGAAGCUCGCAGAUCAUUUUCCUACCGCCUUCUCUGACAGAUCGAGAAUGGAAGACGAAGCCCUACUGUAGGAAGCACGACCCACCGGCGAUGAGGAACGUCAAGGAAUGGACUUUGAAGCCGUUCCCCGGCGACGCACCGCCGCCUCAGUGCAGCGUCAACCACACUGCUCCGGCGCUAGUCUUCUCUAUCGCCGGAUUCACCGGAAACCUCUUCCACGACUUCACCGACGUCCUCGUCCCCCUCUUCAUCUCCGCCUACCAAUUCCGCGGCGAGGUCCAGUUCGUCAUCGCGGAGCACAAGUCGUGGUGGGUGAGCAAGUUUGCCCUAAUUUUUAAGCAGCUCUCCAACUACGAAAUCAUCGACGCCGACAACGACGACCGCGGCACUAUCCACUGCUUCCCGCGAGUAAUCGUGGGAUUAAGCUUCCACAAGGAGCUCAGCGCGGAUCCGGCGAGGACGCCGACGGGGUACACGAUGGCCGAAUUUAAGUCGAUGCUUCGGAAGGCUUACGGCCUCGAGCGACCGAGAGCGGUGCCGACGGGGGACCAGUGGGACAUCCGGAGGAAGCCGCGGCUGCUGAUCAUCACGCGGAAGAAAACUAGGGUUUUCCUGAACGAGCGAGGGAUGACGGACAUGGCGAUGAGCCUAGGGUUCGACGUGCGCGUGGCGGAGCCGGGCAUGAGCACCGACCUGUCCAAGUUCGCGCGGCUGGUGAACUCCGCCGACGUGAUGAUCGGCGUCCACGGCGCCGGGCUCACCAACAUGGUGUUCCUCCCCGACGGCGCGGUGCUGAUCCAGGUGGUGCCCUUCGGGGGACUGGACUGGCUCGCCAGGGAGACCUUCAAGGAGCCGGCGCCGGCGAUGCGGCUCCACUACCUGGACUACCACAUCAAACCGGAGGAGAGCACGAUCAGCCAGCAGUACGCGGCGGACGACCCGGUGAUCAAGGAUCCCUACGCCGUGCACAAGCGAGGGUGGAACGAGAUCAGCCGAAUCUACUUAGAGAACCAGAACGUGAAGCCGCAACUCGGCCGGCUCAGAGAGACGCUGUUGGAAGCGCUCAAGCACCUGCCUCACGGCCGCCAUGGAAGAACAGAGCAUGAUUAAACACGAACCGAUUGAUUUCUUUUCGUAAGAAAAAUUCAUAGUGUGUGACCAGAUUGGAGUGUGUAAAUUUCAUAGUAAUCUUUCAGAAACAGCUCAUGAUCAUCCUUCUUCUGGACA